UUGGUAUCUAGAAAUUUAAUUCCGUUCAGUGAAACGUCCCACUGUCCGGUUUGUCUAUAGAAUUCAUCAAUAUAGAUAACCUAAAAAAUUCUAUCUUGCAUGCGUCUUUUACCGCAUUGCCGACUUCUUUCUUAUUGUUCGUUUAAGCAAUUGAUUAUUAAAAAAUUUAAUUGGCUUGUUAGUUCCUUAAAGCUAAGGUUAGAGUUCAGUAAACGUACAUAUGAGUAUUAUUAAAUUAUUAUAAAAAUGUGUGUGAAUUAGAAAUUAAAAAGAUUCAGAGAGGUCAAAGAAGAAGAAGAGAAAAAAAUAGAUUUCAAAAUGAACAACAACAGGAGGUUAGUCUUUCAAUUAUUGAGACUGUACUCUUCUAAAUCUUUUCCCAAAAAUACUGGCGUUCGAGGAAGAUUUACAUUUGAAAAAACGAUGCAAGAGACAGAAAAUGAUAUUGAAGAAUUUAAUCCCGAUGAUAUGGAUGCAUACGAAUCUGACUUCAUGAAUGUUGGUAAAUCAUACACAAUGCAUCAAAGGGAAAUGAAAAAAUCUAAAGAAAGACUAAAGCAACGCAUUGUGAAAAGUAAAUAUUUUAAAGAGGAAGAACCAAGGUUUCUGACAUUUACAGAAAAGGAUCAAAUACAAAAAUUGCAUGCUAGUAAUCCCGAAGAAUGGACACCAGAGAGGCUCAGCGAAAGCUUUCCAGCUUUACCUGAAGCAAUAAGACGUGUUUUAAGGUCCAAAUGGACACCUAAAUCAGUAGAUAAGAUUAUUAAAUAUGAUAGUGUAGUUAUUGAAAAUUGGAAGAACUUAAAAACUGGCAAAUUAGUAGUAAAUCCUAUGUUGCAUGAACAUUUAAUGAAAUUUAAAAAUAGAAAAAUUACUUUAUGUAGUAGAGAAACAUUGAGUGAGUUUAUACCUCCAAAAAUGAAAUUUCCAAAACCAAAAAGUACAUUGUUUUCAAACAUUGUACAAGGAUAUAUAGAUGAAAAACAGCCUGUUUGUGAUCAGAAAUUAAUUCCUUCAAAAGAUAAAGUGAAUGAAAAUGGAGGGCUACAGAGUACCAUAGAGAAUAAUAAUCUAGAAAAGUCUAUACAGUCUGUAAACAACUCUAGCAUUAUACAAAAUAAUAAGUAUAAAUUGACUGCAAGCAAUAAAGUAUUAACUCAUAAUGAAUUUAUGAAAGAUCAAUUAAAGCAAUUAUAUAACACAUCCCCGGAAGUAGGCAUAACAUUAUUGCAGACGUAUAGACAGUAUGUAGAAUCAAAAAGCACAGAAACAGCGAAUUCUAAUGCACUAAGCAACGCUACGGAAAAAAUAAAUGAAAGGAAUAAUACAGUUUCACCAAGAAGCACAGUGACUACAGACUCUAAUGUACUCAGCAACACUGUAGAAGAAAUAAAUGAAAAGGACAAUACAGUUUCACCAAGAGAUACAUCAACUGAAAAUGUACUAGUAGUUAGAAAGAAAGAUACCGAGUCAAAAGUAACAAGUGCUCUAAAUAUGGAACAUGAUAGCAGUUUGGAUACUUUUAUAAAAGAAAGAAGGAUGUGUAUAGAUGUAAAAAAUGAAUAUAUAAAACCUAUAAAAAUUCCAAAAAAUGUGUGGAAGCAUGGUAUGACAUACAGAGUAAAGGAUUGCUACUACGAUUAUGAUGGGGAAUUCCUCUACAGAGUACCGGAAUUAUUAACUUAAACGAUAUUUCAAAGUUACCAUUACUUUCAAUUUAUCGGAAUUGCACAGCGUUUUGAAUGUCUUUGUAUUUUUAAUUAUAUAUGUAAAGUUCUUUAUUUAGUAAAUAAAUGAAUAUAUUCUUUAAUUAAUUUAUAUCA